UCUAUUUUUUUCUUUUUCUUUUACGCCAAAUCAAGAAGUGUCCUUCACUUUUCCCCACCUUUUAGUCCAACUCGGCAUUCAAGGCCAUUCAUGGAAGACCGCCCUCCAUUAACUGAGCGAAUCAGUUUCUCUUUUGCUACUACUUCUACGGAUACUGAACCGCUGUCAACUUGGAGACAGCAACUCGGGACAGUAUGGACCUCAUUGGACUGGCUAAUGCUGACCCGGAUUCUCAAAUCCGACAUUUGCGUCACAAUAGCUUUCAUUCUGAACCUGACAUAUUGGGGCUGGCAUGACAUUGGUACAGGUAUGGUACUAUCGUCCAUUGCCAUUGAAUUUAUUCACCCUGCAGGCUCCUAUGGUCGAAUUUGGGAGAACGCAGCAUUCGGUAUGAUCAUGUCAUCCGUGGCAGCCGGUUGGUCUAUUCUUGGAACAUAUUGUGCAAAUGCCGUUCGAGAUCAUGAUGAUCCAACCCUAGCACAACCCCUCGUGACACUGGUCCUUUAUAUUUUUUUAAUUAUUGGAGCGUUUUGGCUGAACUACGCUCGAGCUAAAUGGGAACAAACAAAUGUUGCUGGACUGUUUUCAGCUACCAUCAUGGUAUUGAGCUUAGUGGAUGCCGUUCACAGCUCAGAAUGGCAGCCUCGUGAUGUGCUCGUUAGCUGGAUGGCGGUUAACAUUGGUCUUGGGUUGGUCAUUGUUACCAAUUUGGCCCUUUGGCCGGAAAGCAGUACACAUUCUUUUGUACUCGUCCUGGAUGACACAUUGCAGCAAUUUGACUCCAUCUUCUCGGAGCAUGUGGCCAGGCUUUUACGCCGAGGCCCACAGCGUCCACCAUUAGGGUUGACAAAGGUCAACGGUAUGCUCCAUGCAUCGAUCAUGAAGGUUAUCGAGGCGAAACGCAUCGUUCGUAGAGAGGCCACAAUCAAUCGCCUCGCCCCUGCAGAUGUCCGGGACAUUACCAAUUUGGUCAAAAUGAUGCGAAUAUCCGUACAAGGAGUUGCCCUUGCUAGCACCAUGCAAAGAAACAUGGAUGAUCAUUUGGAGACAAGUGGCCAUCGAUUUGUGCGCAUCGAUACCUUUCGUAGCGAACAUCCCCCUCAUUUCGGCUAUUGCGAUAGCGACAGUACAACGUUUAAUGAUUUACCGAACGAAAUUGACCAAAAUUUGGAAAGUGAUCUGCGUACUUGGUCAGACCACGCCUCUUUCCAGAGCGAUAUCUUCCCGCCUGAGCAUUGUGCAACAAGACAACGUAAGGGGUCAUUGUUUGAUGAUAUUCUUAAAUCUUACGAAAGCGUUAUCCAGAUCACCGAACCCGUGUGUUCCGACUUGGCUAACGCUUGCUCCAGAGCGUUGAAAGGCUCCAUUGCAAGACUGAAGCGUUCACAAGAUUUCGAUCCACGCUAUUUUAACAAGCCUUACUUUUACCGACUUUUCCCUUCUGUACGAAACUCUUACAAUCCCGACAACGAAAACUUGGAUUUUGAUCACUCCGUUCCACUAUUAGAAGCCAUCGCUCAAUUCGACAAACACCGUUUGGAAGGUUUGAAUGAGCUGAUGAGAAGCGACGGUAAAACACCGCAUCGAGCUCUGUUCUUGGUGCUUUUGUUUCAAUUCAACUUGAGGGACUAUGCAGAAAAGCUGUAUACUCUCAGCUCCCUGAUUUACGAAAUUCACUGCAUUCGAAAGAAAAAACGGUUCUGGUAUCGGCAUGUAUCGAUUCGAAAAUUCUUACUGGGCCAUAAACAUGCUGGUGUAGGCGAUCUGGGGCUGGAAGCUCCACAAGCUGCCAAUGAUGAAAACGUCGCCAUUCUCAGUCGCACUCGCUCUGUACGUAAUGCUAGUCACGCUCCUCCGCCAACAGCAUGUCAGGAACCUACCUUGCGUAGAGGACGUGCUCGUUCAUUCCAACACCCCAAACCUAAAGAGACCGAAACAACUGCCAGUAAUCCUGAAAAGGACCCUGUCAUACAUAAUCCCCUGGAUGCUAUCCAGUACCGAGAUCCUGAUGCCAUGCUACCGUCGAAUCGCUUUGAAGCCUUCUUUCAUAGUAUCUGGUUAUACCGUGGUCUCAUCUAUGCCCCCGAAACCGAAUUUGCAUUAAAGGCAUGUAUUGUCGUCGUUCUGCUCUCUAUUCCCGCUUUUAUUCCAUCCUCAAUGGAAUGGUAUGCUGGUUCUCGAGGCGAGUGGGCAGCGGUCACUGCAUUGGUUUGGAUGGGUCCACGGGUCGGCAGUAAUCUCUUUGGCAUGAUCGUUCGUAGUGCAGGCACUAUUGUCGGCGCAAUCAUGUCCAUGGUCAUAUGGGAAAUCAGCAGAGGAAACCCUUAUGGUUUAGCUGUAUUACACUUCGUCUUCUACCUUCCCUGUUGGUAUGUUUUUCUCAACGUGUCGGCCCCAGGUAAAUUCUGGAGAACCACCGGCCAGUUCGCCAUGAUUACCAACUCCCUUAUCCUCGGAUAUACCUACCAGCUUAUUAAUUCUGGGAACAAUGUCCCUGUGUAUGUUGUUGCCUAUGAGAGAGCUGUCACGGUCUUGGUAGGCGUCGUAUCAGCGACCAUUCUCUCCGUUCUGCCAUUUCCAAAAAAUGGCCGAGUAGAACUUAGACAUCGCAUGGCCAAUACCAUUAGUCAGCUUGGAUCCAUGUAUGAAGCGUUUCUAGCGCUCUUGCUGGAAGAUUCGCGACAUCGAGCACAGUAUCCAGCGCUUCAUAAUCGAAAACUAUUCCGCAAACUCGCCAUAGGCAUUCGUAAACAGAUUGUUGGCGAACAAGUACUAUUUGAACAAUCAAAAUAUGAACCUCCGCUGCGAGGCAAGUUCCCAAAGCAUACGUAUUCCAAAAUGCUCCAGAUAUUGGAUAAUAUGCUCAACCUCUUGAUCGAAAUGGAGUACUCUUUGGAAAAGAUUGAUCGCAGUUGGCGCCGGGGACUAGUGCACAGUACGUGGCGCGCUCGUCGAGAUUUGCUCGCGGUGGUUUUGACAUCCAUCCAACUGGCUACCAACUCACUGAUCAACAAGCUGCCUCUACCACCCACCAUUAUGAGACCAACCUGGGCACGCAUGCGUCUGACUGAACAUGCAAGAUUGUGCCCAGCCUUACAGAUCUCCCACCUGGGCGAUGUCGAAUACCUUUACUACGCAGCUUACCUUAUGAAUAGCGAGCAGUUUUGUGUCGAAAUUGAAGCUCUGCUUGAUUGCAUUCGAGAGCUGGUGGGCGAAAGCAACGUCUCGCUAUGGCUUAAAAGCAAUCGAUAAUUAGCUACAUUCCUCUUUGCAUUUCCUGUAUUACCAUUGCAUACCCGCCCGUUCAUUAUCACUCUCUGCUUAAUACUAUUCAUGUUAUCUGCUUCAUGAACUCUUUAACACCAUCUAUAAAUUACUUAUGUUAAACUAUAGUGCAACCGAU